AACGGAGAUUCGACUCAUUUGAAGCCCUCCAGCGAAUGAAACACUGACUAUAAGGAACCGGUUGGGAUUCGUUGUUGUGUUGCUUUUGUGGGACAGCGUCCAGUUGCCAAGGAACCUGCUUAAUCUGUCCAAAAUCCAACAGCCUCAUUGCAACCAUCAAAAAUGGUGAAGAUAUUUGUUGGUAAUGUAGCUUCGGCGACCACAGAAGCAGAGCUGCGUGCCUUGUUUGAACAACACGGUGUUGUGUCAGACUGCGACAUCCUGAAGAACUAUGGCUUUGUGCACAUGGAUGAAGAGGAUGCGGCCCAGAAAGCGGUUGCUGCUUUGCACAAACAUGUGCUCAAUGGCUCACGCAUCACCGUCGAGUAUGCCACCACCAAGGUGCGCAAUGCCACCAAGAUCUACGUGGGCAACGUGCCUGAGGGUGUCACAGCUUCCAAAAUCAAGGAGCUCUUCCAGCCAUAUGGCAAGGUGGUGGAGUGUGAUAUUGUGAAGAAUUAUGCAUUUGUUCAUAUGCAGAGGGAAAACGAGGCCUUGGAGGCCAUCAGGGAGCUUAAUCAUACGAAAUUGGAGGAUCAAAAAAUCUUUGUGUCCCUCUCUCGCAGUAAUCAACCCAAAAAUAGCAGAGGAGAUGACUAUUUCCCCCCUCCUCCUCCCCAUCACUAUCCACCCCAUCCGCACCAUCCUCCUUACCUGCCCCCACGUCCUCCACUCGGCGAUUUCUAUCCGCCUCGAGGUCGUCUUCCGCCACCACCACUCCCACCGCCACCUCCCCGCUCCUACUACGAGCGCGAAGCAUAUGAGAGGGGUGUUCGCCACGACCCGUAUGCCGCAGCCCCGCAUUUUUACGACCGGGACCCCUACGAGCGGCGUCCUCCGCCUCCGCAGCGACCCCCUUCGCCUCCCGUUGCCCCUCGCUACUACCGAGAGCGCAGCCCUCUGGGCAAUCGUCGGUCUCUGCUGCCUCCGCCGCCCCCACCGCCUCCUAGCUACAUGCGCAGCUAUCCCCGUGGUGCUUUGGGAUCCGCGCUUCCUCCCCCGUCCUCCGCCGCAGCCUCCGGCUAUCAGCGUUACUCGCUCGGCUCAGGCUUUGAUAAAGAUGAUUACAUGGAGGACAAGUACAGCAAUGGCUUCGGCCGUGGCUACUAAGCUUGCUUUGUCCAGAAAGUCUGUACGUCUCCCUUUUUGUAUAAGGCAAGCUAAUAAACAGGGAUAUAUCUGCAGGAAUUAGGAAAUAUUCCAUGAUGCUUGUAGCUAAUUCUCCGAAUGGGUAUAGCGCAGCUAAUAUUCUGUUAAAUUGUUCAGUUUAGCGUGUUAGAAAAUUGUCAUGCUGAUUUAAAUUAGAAUUUAGGGACGAUUUUAUAGUGUAUCAAGGAUGUAGGUGUUGUCACUUUGAGUAUCAUUUCAAGGUGGAAGAUUUGAUUACUUCAAAUUUUUUUUUCAAUUCAGUGCUCUGUUUUGCAUGUCUGUCAGUUUAGAUUGUGAGGGACUGCCUAGUACUAAUGAUUGUAUUGUUAUCAUUUGAUAUUUUUUGUUACAGGGGCUUGAUGUGCUCCUUAUUCAAAUUAACCCUAGCCCACACCAGCAUGCUUAGAUUUUUGUACAACGUGUAGGCAUAUGUUAUUUUAUUUGAUUUUUUUUUUUUUUCCUAAAGCAUGGUAUGUGACUUGCAUGAUUAAGAAAGGUAAGGCUCUGAAUCGAGGUUGAACAACAUUUCGUAUGGAUGGCUUUGAUACAGACCUAGGUAUGUUGCGUUCCAUAGUUGGGACCCGCAUAAGAAAGAGGAGGAAGAGGGAGGAUGGUAUUAAAUGUGUGGUAGUGGGCAGAGCCGGGGGACACCAACUGAUCAUCGAAUCGCAUCUUAACGGCCGCCCGAGCACCACAUCGACUCGGCACACGACGCUUGGAAAUGACGUCGCCUCCUAGGAAAAGCAGCGUCAACUAAAGGAAACUCGUGGAAAACAAAUGACCAUCCGCUACAUAAACUACUACCACAUAGUCGGUAUUGCUCCGAUAAAAUUGUGGCCAGCCCAUUAAUCGUUCACACAGACUCUGUAGCCUUUCUUGAGAUUCAAGACGUUUUAACAUCUCGAUACACUGGACAUGCUUGUGAUUAAAAUUCUUACCAAAACCCAAAUAUUGUAGCCUAUCCUACGUGUGAUGUUUCCCUACGUUCAUUUUGUUAAAACCUUUUGUUAAAAUGUACCUCUGAAAAUCUAUAUCUCGACUGUGGAUGCAAACCGAUGUCUUUAUAAAUGGUUGAGCUCUUUAACAAGUGUCCGAACGUAAGUCGAUUUCUGUGCUUGGUGUGAUUAUUUUAAAAAGAAAUUUAGUCAUGUGCUAGCAGUCGCUGUCUCUCCAGACGUUUAAAUAAAAUAUCUGACUACCGUUUUUUUCCCCCCCUGA